AUGAAUAUUAAAUUAAUCUCCAAAGUUUGGCUCUAUCUUUUCACGAUUGUUGGCGUUUUAUCGGGACUCGUUUUGUUUAUCUGGACGCUUUUGUAUUUAAAAUCAGAGACUUGGGCGGAGAUUUACCAAGCAGCAAAAGACGAUUACAGUCACGUAAAUAUUGACGGAGCGUACGAUUUGCUCGUUUUGACCAACACCGUCGGAGCUGGCAUGGCAUUCUUCAGUGCAUUGGGCUUUUUCUCGAUCUUGAUAGAAUCGAAAAGAUCGUUUUGGGUUUACACAAUUUACAUCGCCGGGUGCACUUUGCUCUCUUCGCUCGUGCUAUUGUUGCUGUUCGCGAGGCGGGAAACGAUCAAAAUAGUUCUGACCGAGAAUGCAAGGAGUGUGUGGUUGCUCAGAUAUGGCCUCGUGCGGGAUCUGAUCGAGGACUUUCAACGGAAAAAUGCUUGUUGUGGUUGGUUCAACGCCCUUGACUACUGUUUUGUAUUAAAUUCUUUCCGCCUAUUAGCAACAGGGAAAUUUUAUUAA